AGGCCGACUCAUAUUCCAUCUGUUAACAUGGAGGAGGCGUUAUUUUUGGUGCCAUUUGACCCCGGAAGAUGGAAAUCCUGAGAAGCCUCUUGGAGUCUACCCUGAAUGCCACCUUCCGUCUGAUUCCUGUCUGGAAACUGCGCAAUUUCAGGUAACCCAAGCACAAACUCCAAGAUGGCUGCCCCCUGUAUCACCUGUUCUUUUCACUGCAUUUAUUCCCAACUUAGACUUCUUGUACAUUACUUAAAAGUGGGGUAGGCAGGAUCUGAGGAAGUGCCAGUUUUUGGGAGAAAUCUUGAAUGUAAACUCUACCAACCGGUUUUCCCCUCAGCUCCUCCUCUCUGCUCCAGCAAGCCCCGCCCACAAACAGACACUCCUGCUCGCUCAUAUUGUUCCAAUUAAAUUCAGAUAUAAUGCAGAUAAAUAGUUCAGAUAAUUACAAAUGGGGCCCAGUCAACGUGAAAGUAAAAAGCAUUGGUGCUACUGUAGAUGCCAAACAGACAACCAGCAAACACAAAAAAAGAUGCUUCUUUAAUGGAUUCCUGCCUACCCCACCUUUAAUCAGUCACAUUAAUUGUAUUGUGCAAGUUUUAAAUAUUGACAUGUCAGGUCUAUAUCAUGUGCAAACCAUUGCUUCAUGGGUUGUAAUUGCCCGAUAUAGCUAUAUUUACUUUCGAACUUUGUUGAACACAUUCAUUCUGUCUCUUUUAAAAGCAGGCUAAAACUCUAUACAGGAGCUUUAAUGUGGCAUAUAUAUCACAUUAUCUCUAAUGGAAACAAAUGAGGGUCCAGGUCCUUCUAAAGUUACAUAUAUUGGCUUUAAGUCUCUUAUUGUGGAGGCAUAACAUUAAAAAUGACAUGUUUUUCCAGAACAUUCAAUCUGAUUGCUGUCUGGCCCAAUGAAAAAUAUUUGUAAAGGGUAUUUGGCAGGCAGGUGUGUUCAGGUGUGUGAGCCAGGCUGCAGCCAAGCAGUGCGUGGGAGUAAUAGGUGCAUUUGAUGACUGACAGGCUGCAGAGAAACUGAAAAAAGUUCAUGUUUAAGGAUCAUAUUCGCCUCUUUUUGUGAUGUGAUUUCUCGGAUCUUGUUGUGGGGAACCCGUAACACUCCUGCCCAGAAACGGAGAGCGAACAAAAGCUCUAUUGAUGGAGAGGUUUGGAGAUAGAUGAGAACACUGUGUGGUUCCUCUUAAUGAAGUUUUAAUGCUUCAAAGAAAGUGGACUACCAGAACACACAUAUACAUUACACCGAGCAGACCAGAGAGGAGGAUUUCCAGCUGUACGUCACCAUAGAAAAGGGAAAUCGAGCCACAUCUGGGACAUGAGGCUGUAAAGAAUCUAUCUUUUGUGCUGCAUUGUGGGAAAUGUAGGACAUAAAUCAAUAUUGCUAUUGUAAGAUGACGACUGGCACUGAUGGAAACGUUUACAUCGCAAAGUGAUCAAAUCUCGUCAAAAAACUGUAAAAUAACAGCAGAACCAGAUCUGAUCUGCAGCCAAGCACUAAAGACUUUCAUUAUUCGAGGUCUGUUGAGCCGAGACGAUUGCAUCAUGCUUAGAAAAACAUCCCGGCGUUCAGCAGGUCGACAUGUUUCCACUUCAUUGACACGGACGAAGCAAGAAAAGAGGUCUCACAGCACAGCGAGGAGGCGAUUCCCCCCGAAAAAAUAACCCGGCCUUCUCCGUCCCCGCAAACUUAACGACCUCAGGAAAUGUUGGUAGAGGCAGUUGGAGGCUAAUGAGCCUUUUCCUGUGAUAUCACAGGGAAAUGGCGCGCUUAAGUCUGCUCUAGUAAUUGGCCUGACUUCACCGAAGGAAAACACAAGAUGGAAAAAUGAAAAAACAGUCCUCUGUUUCCUCUCUGAGAAAACUAGCUGUCAUGACUUGUGCUAUUGUUCGCUCUUAUAAUCCUGCGCUAGCUUUUUUUUUUUUUUUUUUACAAAUGUUAGCUGUUUUGUUACUACUGUAGCUAAUUUCUUAGCUUAAUGCUGAUAUUAGCUAUUGUGAUUUAGUUUUAACCUGCUUGACGCCAACAAUAUUUGUAUUGACUGAGCUGUAUGCCUUUAUUAGCUGUUGCGACUAAGCUGCCGCUAGCUCAGUGCAAGUACUAGCGACAAUACUACCUGUCGUGGCUCAGCUUUGUGCUAAUAUUAGCUGCCCUGAUUUAGUUGCUUCUAGUGUAGUGCUAAUAGUAGCAGUCUUGACUUAGCUAUCGCUAGUUUUGUGUUAGUACUUACUGUACCGACUAAACCGCCACUAGCUUAUUGCUAAAAGUAGCUGUUGUGAUUUAGCUUUUUCUAGUUUUGUGCUAAAACUAGCCUGUUUAACAUGAACAUUAGCUGUCAUGACUUAUCUGUAGCUAAUUUUGUGCUAAUGCUUGCUGUUAUAGCCCUGCACUAGCUAGUUCUUUUACAGAUGUCAGCUGUUUUGUUACAACUUAAGCUAAUUUCCUCUGUUGAUGUUAUCAGCUUUGAAUCAGCUGCUGAUAAUCUAAGCUAUUGUGAUUUAGCUUUUGCCUGCUUGAUGCCAACAAGAUUUGUAAUGGCUAAGCUGUAUGCCAUCAUUAGCUGUUGCGCCUAAGCUGCCGCUAGCUCAGUGCUAGCAUUAGCGACAAUACUACCUGCUGUGGCUUAGUUUUGUGCUAAUAAUAACUGCCCUGACUUAGCUGCUACUAGUGUAGUGCUAAUAGUAAUAGUCUUGACUUAGCUAUCUCUAGUUUUGUGUUAGUAUUUGCUGUACAGACUGAACCGCUACUAGCUUAGUGCUAAAAUUAGCUGUUGUGACUUAGCUGUUGCUAGUUUUGCGCUAAAACUAGCUGUCUUGCCUCAGCUGUAGCCUGUUUAAUAUGAGCAUUAGCUGUUAUGAUCUACUUUGUAAUCAUGUGAUGCUAACAGUAUCUGUUUUUACUUGGCUGUGCCUGUUCCAAUGCUAAUAUUAGCAGUUUUGGCCCAAAUGUUGCUCGUUUAGUUCUAAUUUGAGCUGUUUUGUGACUCGCUUUGGGUGGUUUUGUGCUGAUUGCAUCUAUGAGCAUUUUAGCACUUAACCACUGAGCUCUGCGCAGCCUCACAGCUCCAGUGGUACAUUUUUUAGGCCAAUUAGGGGGUUUCAGGAUUUUCCUCCACAGCUAUCUGUCACCUAGCUGUGCCAGUUUCAGUACAGACACUCUCAAGAGUUUGGAGGGUAACUGAGAGCACUAAAUGAUUUUCUUGUGGAAAGUUUUGGCCAAACUUGGUGCCUCUCACACGGCUUGUUUCUCUGCCAAACUUAACCAAACAUGGAGAGAACUGUGGAGCUGGAGAGCAGGCUCAGAGACAACCGGAUUAACAGACAGACAGAAAAAUUCAAAGCCUGUCAUGAGAGAACAAACUGGUCUCUGCCCAGUAACUGUUUCCAGCAGUUUGCUUGUUGAUGAAGUCCUGCAGACGGCUUAUGUUUCUACCUUGUUCGCUGUAUGGAUGUUGGGAUUUGGAUCUUAUACCAAACACAGUUCUGCCCCAUCAAAUCCGGACCACUGGCCUCAUUUUCCCACAGCUGUACCUGAUAUUUAGCUUGCAUCCAGUCCUGUCAUGACAUCAUGUAACUACAGUCAGGACUCGCAUCUGUUGACAGAUCAAGUCCGAGUGAAGCCAGACUUCAAAAAGGACAAAAACCAGAUCCGGACUCUGUUAGCCAUUUUUAUUCAGAGCUCAGGGAAACAUACCUCACAGAUGUUACUUCCUUCUUUCUAAUGACACAGAAAAUAGACUAUUACCAAAAUAAAGGCGACUAAAAGAGACGGGAAACUCCUCCAUACAAGCUUGACGUAUGAAUCCUUCAAUUUCUUCUGAUGGUAGAAAAUCCAGUGAGAGCUCUUUAAUCUUUCCACAAUGCUGUAAAUCUGAUCGCCUGAAUGAUGGAUGAGCACUGAACAUCGUAAGGAUGUGUUUUUGUAAUUGACUCACAGAGGAUCUGACUCUGACACCUGUAGGAUUUCACCAAAUUAUUCCUUCACUAUAAAAAGUUAGGUACAUUUGUUGUAAACGAUACAGGCUGCACUGAAAAAAGUCAGCAUCAAAGUGCAAAUAACUGCAGUUCCCCAAGUGUCCACUAGAGGCUGACUCCAAGAGCUCCCCAAGGUUAAAAUGCUCAUUUUUACUGCAGAAUUUGACGUAUUUCCAGCCUGGUAUGACAAGCUUUUUUUCCACAACAUUUGGACCUUAUUUUUGUAAUUAUACGUUUUCCUAACAUAAGGACUUUAUUUCUGUAACUAUACAAGUUUAUUUCCGUCACUCUACGACAAGAUUUUCAAAAUGUCUUUCAUGACAACAUGACUAUUUUCAUAACGUUAGGACCGUACUCUCGCUACUGUGCGACCCUCCCUUUAUAACACUAGGGCUUCAUUUUUCACAACUGUAACUGUUUCCACACUCCAAGUGCGAGUAAAAUCAUUGGCGCAAAUGAAUUACAUUUUAAGUCAAUGUAAAGACGCGAUUAGAUGCUCCUACGACGGAUAUUCGCGUCGCAACAACUUUGCUUACUAGUAUCUAAAAUGGAGGACAAUCUGAUCGUGUCGCUGUGUGGUUGCCCUGAACUAUAUGACACAUUUUCUUUCAAUUACCAAAACUGGAAUAAAAAGGAGCUCGCCUGGAGGCAACUGAGUGAGGAGGUCGGAUUACCUGGUCAAUUGUAAAAACCUUUGACUAUCACUUGAUCCUGCUGGUUGAAUUGGCAGGGAUUACCGUUGAAAUUACCAUUGACGCGCGAAUGAAGCGAGUAAAUACAAUUUAUUUACGUGUCUAGAUUUGUGCGAAUUAAGCGAGUAGAUGACUUUACUCGCGCUUGGCGUGAAUGCCCCACUAGACUUUGCUUUCAUAACAUUACGACUGUAUCUUCAUAGCACUUAUUGGCGACCACCGUCGCUUAGCUCCAAAGGGCCAACUUUUUAUCUUAUUUACCGAUUUUUUUAUCUCGAUACUUGUGAAAGUGGUCUCUACUUUUGGAAUUUGUGGGUAGAUCAAACUAUCAGAUUUAGAGAAAGUUAACUCUUUAAAAGGCUUACUGAGAAAACUCAAAAGAAAAUGAGGAAGCCGAAGUCAGUGUACAAACACCUGUUAGCAUUUCUCAUGACGCUCAGCUCCAGAUGACAGAGGGUUAAUUGCAGAAGAAGGAUCCAGGAAAAGGGUCAAAUUAAGGGAAUUGUAGAUGUGAGCUGCAGAUUUAUGAAAACGUGAACUGGGAGUUUGCUGGUGGAGGGUCAGUAUUUCCAAGCAGACUGAAACAGGGAGUUAAAAGGUGAGAAUAAGACUGUUUCUGUCCGUGCUGAAGGCUUAUUUGUGAGGUAAAUCACACUCUAACAAGCACGUGUUCACACAGUUCGGUUCCCCGCAUGGAGCUGACAGUAACAUCAGUCUGGAGGGAAACUCAAAUGUUUUCUUUAAAAGCAGGUCCUGCACGGAGGAAACGUGUUAAAGGAACGAAAAUAGCAACACAAACAAAAAGUCGACCAGUAAUAUCUGAAAUGUGAACCAGCUGUGCAGAGUGUGAACGCUCCCCUCUCGACCUUGGCUUAUUACUUCCAUACAGUCGAGAAUUCGCAGAAAAGUUCAAUAUUUUCAUCGUCAAACACCCGAAGUUCAGGGAAGAAUCACAGGAGGAGGCCGGGCUGCAGAAACCUGAAUUCCCAGAUUGAGGAUUUUUUCUGCUUUUCGUCAAAUUUGGGCUUCAAAAAUGUUUUGGGUGGGUUGCAAAUAUUUCGGUUAUGCUUUCAUCAGGAAAGUUAGACAUUCGACUUUUUCCUUUUUCACUGUUUCAGAGUUUGAUUUGAGAUUAUCACUUUUAUUUCUGAUGUCUUCACUGAGGAUGAACCUUUGUACGUCUGAAAGUUUGAUUUUCAUUUCUCUGAUUGCAAUUUCCCAAAAGUUUUGCAGAUAUCGACAAAGAUAUACCUGAGGUUAAAGUUGCCCUAAAUCGUUCGUCCUUAUCUGCGUUAUCAGAUCACUCAUGGACGUCUUUCAUCACCUUGAAGCUGCUUUAUUUCGCUUCAUGGACCCUGUGGUUGGAUUGUUUUGUAGACUACUGUGUGUGUGUACUGUGGUAGUCUUCUAAAACCCCUCCUCUCAGCUAGAUCUUGACCUCAGCCAAAACCAAAAGCGGGACCCUGCCCUUAAAUCUUCCUGCAUGCGAAGAAUGCGCCGAGACGUCCAAGACAAACGAGAAUCUUCCUCCUCGUGAUCUGCGAUUGUGCAGCUGAAUGGGCUUUGUUUCUGUCUCCCCCUGACCUCUCAUGCUGCAAACGCUCGUUCCCCCCUUCUUCUCCCGUACUGAUCCACAUUUUUUUGUUUUCCUCCCUCCGUCUCUCACAUACAUGCACAAGAUCCAGGCCGGGGCUGCGGCUCCACCCACCUGCAGAUAAAAGCCAAACCCUCACCAGGGCUGCUGCUCAGCGUCUGUCCUAAACUCCUCAAAGCCGUGUGAGACUCUCAGCCUGCAGCGCACGCGUUCAAAGGUGAGUGAUGCAUCAGGGUUUGAGGAUGAUCAAGCUUUCUGGCACGCUUUUCUUUUUGCUUUUCCUCUACUUUAAUGAAACAUCCAGAACAGUGACCUUUUUUGCAUCCUUGGAACAAGUCCACUUUCGGGGUUGAAUUUGAUCUGGAAGACGAACAGAAGUCACCUUUUUGACCUUCAACCUGCUGCUGCCAGAUCUCCAAAUGCAAAGACGCUCCACCUGGGAAGAAUCACCCCGGUUUCAGCUUGUAAAAAUAAAAGCAGCAUCUUGACAGGAUUUAAGCGAAAUUUAAGAUGCGAUAGAGAGAAAGGAAACCUUUUUUCAUGCAAACUCCAGCCUCAGGUUUGUCUCCUUCAUAGAUGCAGGAAAACAGAGUCAGGGUCGAGUUAGGAAAGAAGCUCUGCGGCUGCAUAUUUGCUGAGAAAAAUGAGUCAGGGAUGGAAAGUUUUGGGGUAGGGAGAUCUUUUACAGAGCUGUUUCUUCAUAUUUUCUGCCGUAAACAUGCUGAAGUAAACGUUUUCGACUCUUAGUCAGAUUUAAUAUCCUCAACUUUAAACCAAUUCACUUCAAAAGCUGCAUUAUUCUAAAGUGCAAACUGGAGGAAUCUGAAAGUGCACCUGCUGGGAAACAUGCAUGAAUCCUGAUCAAACAUGCAUGUUGGACUUUUGCAUGCAGCUUACAUGCAAAAGCAGGAGCAUGCUUCGCUGGAAUUGUGCAAAAAACUAAUGAGAAUUCCAGUGAUAACCUUUACAGUCAAAUUUAAGAUCCCAGACAGCUCGGUUUUGUGGAUCUCACAGACUUUUUAUUGAUAGUUUGCAGCUGUUUACUUGCAGCUCUUAAAAGAGGAGGGGGAAAUGUGGUCUCUGAGGUCCAACAAGUGGCACAAUUAACUGUCUGAUGGUUUCUGAUUACCGUAAUCCUCGUAAAAACCCCGAAAACACCUUCUGCAUCAGCUAAAAGUGAAAUGCAGAGCAGUAGACACUGGUAUCAUAGCUGUGCAGAUGUGCAGAGGUUAAAAGAGUUCAGAUAUUCACAGUCGUCAUGCUGAUGUUUCAUGCAGCAGUGUGUUUUGUGUAUCCCUGAUUGCUUUAGAGGAGCUAAUCCGCAGUGGACUCGGUCCAGACCAAGCAGACUCUGCAGCAUUUUUGGGGUGUGUUUGUUUUGUUUUUCCAGGACUGCACGCUCCUUUUCCACUUUGGACGCAGACGCUGACUCCCCGCUUAAAGUCAGAGAGUCCAAGUGUGUUAUUUCCAUUCAAAACCGCCUCUUUAUCAGGCUGAAGCCCCCCUUUUGUUGUGUUUUUAGGAUCAGGGAUUGAAUAUAUUCAUCGUGAGUCCUCGCUGUGCAAUUUUUGUCAUUUUUCUGUCAUUUUUUUUCGGGUCCGGCAGCCUGAGGGGAGCUGCAGCUUCUCACGUGAACUCUCAAGUUCUUGGUCUCCGAGUUUUUGGCUGAAAGUCUUCAGAGGGAGAGGCGGUCCAGUAAGAGGAAAAUUAUUUUUCAAAACCACUCAGCACACGAGGAGUCGACUGCAUUUUCCAUCUCUUUAAUAAAAGCGUGUGUUAAUGCUGGGAAGCAGGGUGAGCAGCACAGACGGGUGGCUUGAAGAUCUGACAUGAAAAACGACUGAAUCUCUGGUUCCUCUUGUUUCCACUAUUAAUGCUGAAUUCAUCACCUUUUGGAUGCAACCGCAGAAAAUCUAAAGCAGCACCUGCAGAAUCCUGCGUAAGAAGUUUUAACUACCAGGAGUGGAUUCUCUGUCAGCAGUCUGUAACUCCUGCAGAUUUGUUGCUCUGUAAAUGUCCCCCGACAGUCUUUUCCCCCUGCAGACGCCCUCUCAGACUCCCUCACAGUUCUCACCUACUGAACAGGAAGUGUUUAUGCAGCUCAGAGGGAAUGUGGGUCUUGAUCCUGCAGCUGCAGCCGCUGUGAUUCCAGGCCAUGUGUCCCUGCGCUCGGCUGCUACUGUGCAAAUAUGAAGUUUUAACCACUUUCAGGCUGCGAUUUGGCAGAUUUCGCUGUUUUAGACUCGAGUGUGUGUGUCUGAGCUGGUAUCUGUCCUCCUAGAGUUCAAGUUUUGAUGGUAUUUGUUUGCAGCAUGGGGCAGUUUGGUCUGAAAACAUAACUCUCGAGCUGCUGCUUUAAAUUUUACAGAUUUACUGCAAAGUAUCUCUUAUCUAAACUCCCGAGUAGACAGAGUCAUACUUCUUAUUAUCCCUCGUAAAUACUGCACUGCAAAAACAUCUGGACAGCGGGGAAAGGGAGGAUCGUAUUUUUUCUCUGAGUGGCAUAUUUUACAGUGUGACUGUAUAACACAUCAAGCUCGGUGGGACCCUCGUCAUAUCUCAUUACUGUCACUGAAUACAGACACGUGUAUGCGUGAAACAGGAGGAUGAUCUCGGACGUUUUAUGAUGCCAAUAAAUCGACGUGUGUGCAGGAGUAAAUAUCAGAAAACGCUCAUUAAAGUGAAACUGCAGUAAACCCUGAAGCACCCUCCCUCAACGCUCCAACAGCCACCACAGUUAUUUUACAAUAUCAACUCGCUCAGCCGUCCAAAACGUCACCCAUCACGUCUCGUCUGGAAGGUUUCAUUCGCCCUCUCGGCUCUCUGUGUUUGAUGUUUUCUGCGUUUCAGCUUCAAAAGUUUAGUUUCAGGAAUUUUUGGGAUGUUUUCAAAGUGUUUGUGGUCCGUUUGUGCCGCUACAUAUCAGGGGAAUUUGUUCCUUUUAUAAAAGCAACUGGCAGAAAAGAGGAAGUGUUUAAAUCCUGUAGUUAAGCAACAAUGCAGAAUCGUGUAUUUUAAUCGAAUUCAGUCGGAAGUUUGAGUUUGAAACCCUGAAAAAGAGCAGGAGUUUCACCUGUAACAUCCGCUUUAGCCAGACUGCCAUUUAAGAUCACUGAGUUCUGAUCGACUGGACAAAAUUCGGUUCACAAGAAACUGACUAUGGAAAGAAGAAAAAAGUGAGGUAAAAAGUCUGAAUUUCUCAGGAAAAGGUGGGACAAAUCAAUUUAGCUGUAAAGGGGAAGAAAAAAACUGUCCAGUGUGCAGACAGAUUGAGCAAUGACUGACUAACACGCCCAAAAUUAAAGACUUGUCCACAUUUUUUCAUCCUAAUUCUAUCAUAAUUUCUUGUAUUAAGCCAAAAAGUCCAGAAAAAUGUCUGAUUUGGAGAUUUUACAUGCUAGAAACUAAACCAGAUUUGCUUCUAAUGAGUGAAAUAAUCUGAAAAUGUUGAAUAAGAGAGGUUCAAUUUCAGGGUUUCAAGUUUAAACAAAAGUUUAGUUUCUCAAAAUGAGAAAAUGUCUGAUUUUUUGUAAAAGUUUGGGCUUUUUUUUUCACCCUCCAGGAUAUUUGUCCUUUUAAAGUUCAGAGAUUGUUGCUUAGAUGGCACGGCCUGAACCUCUUUUGUAGAUGUCAUUUAAAAUUGUGGCAUUGAACGAGAGAAGUAGUUCAAUCCUGUAGUUAAGCAACAAUUCAGAGUUGUAUAUUUUCAAUCAAAUUCAGGCAGAAGUUUGAGUUUGAAACCCUGAAAAAGAGCGGGAGUUUCACCUGAAACUUUAAAUCCAAAUCAUGCAAUAACUUGAGACUGACUGCUAAUUAAGAUCACUGAGCUCUGAUAAACUGACCGUGGAGAAAAGUGAGGUAAAAAGUCUGAAUUUGUCAGGUAAAGGUGGGACAAAUCAAUUUAAAAACAGUCCAGUGUGCAGACAGAUUUGCAAUGACUGACAAACAUGCCCAAAAUUAAAGACUUGUCCAGAUUUUUUCAUCCUAAUUCUAUCAUAACUUCUUGUUUUAAGCGAAAAAGUCCAGAAAAAUGUCUAAUUUUGAGAUUUUACACACUAGAAACUAAACAGGAUUUGCUUGUAAUGAGUGAAAUAAGCUGCAAAGUUAAGUAAGAAAGGUUAAAUUUCAGAGUUUUAAGUUGAAACAAAAGUUUAGUUUGUUAAAAUGAGAAAAUGUCAGAUUUUUUGUAAAAAUUUUGGCUUUUUUUUCUUUUCCUCCAGGAUAUUUGUCCAGAGUUUAUUGCUUUGAGGUACCGCCUAAACCUCUGUUGUAGAUUUUGAACCAUGUCUACUUUAAGAGUCACAGUUGGCUGCCGUAAAGCGGUUGUUUUUGCUGCAAACUGUCUGGAAGUUGAGAUUUAGAGCAUUGGUAGUUGAGUCUGGCCCAAAUUAUCCUGCAUUUUUACAGACGCAGGAGUUCGCAUGAAUACUUUUCCUUGUUGGAUUUACAAAGUGGUCUAAAAAAAGUGCAUGACAUCCAGAAAAGGAGCUCCGUGUGUGUUUUUAACAGAGCGAGCAGCUCUUUACACAGUACACAAAACGUAUUUAUGCAGCUGCAAACGGCAGAAUUCCCCACUGGAGUCUGUGGUGGAAGCGUGGUGGAAGUGAUCAGAUCUGAUCAUUGGCCAAAGCUUGUUACUGCCUAUGAAAAUAAUCCCUCUCUGGCUGAGUGUCCCUGUGAGAGCCAGUGCAAAUAAGACAGAGAGGCAGAAGAAAUGUGGCAAAAACCACAUGAGGUCCAGGCGAAAACUGGGAGAAAGCCUCUGAAGUGUUUCCUUCCUGCUGCGCCAGAUAGUGGAGCAUGUCAUGUGAAAUAAGCUUUCACCAGAGUAAAUACGCCGCGAUCCAAAAACGCUCUCUCCUCGUCUUUUUUCGCUUCUCUGGAUGUGAAAACAACUCCUGCAAAAACCUGAAGCGCUCCUAGCUUUCGACUCCUUUUUAGUGCGAAACCAGACGGGCUGUUUUGACAGAACUCAGAGCUAAUAGGAAAAUAAUUCUCCGAUCUUCGCCCUGAAAUGAAAAUUGUGGCCAGACAUUGAGUUGUUUGUGGUCCAGGAGCUGCAGGAGAAGGAAAAUCUGUCAUUGAGGAGUGCAGGGGAGGCCUGAAAGAGAGAGAGAGAGAGAGAGAGAAAGAGAGGAGGUGUUGUAGCAAUCGUGUGGAUGUAGAAGUCAAAGGUCACACAAGCAUCGCCAGCUUGAAACACAUGUUCCCGUGUUUUUUUAGGAUCACUUUUUAAUGCUUUGCUUCCUCAAAACAAAGCUUUCCAAUCCACCUCCAGGUCGGCAGGCUGGUCUAGUUCGAGGUCUCCAGAGGCGACUCCGGCCCCGGCUCUGUAAAGAGAUCGAGUAGGUGUGAAGGAAUGUGAAGGAACCAGAGCGGGCAAAGCAAACCUGCAUUUUUCGCUUCAUUUUCCGGCUUUUUAUAAAAAAUCAGAGGUGCACCCCGACCUCUGGGAAAACGUAAAUGCUGCCUGAUGAUUGAUCUGGGAUAAAUCACCUGCUAAGAGACAGAAAAAGCAGCAAACGCAGAAAAGAAAAACAGGUUCAGGUCCAGAUUCUGUCUAGAACAUGAGCUGAGGUUAAAGCAACAAGAGCAGAAAAAAACAGUCCUGAUGCACCAAACUGAAGUCUGUUAUUAUCACACUGAAAAACAGGAUAAAUCAGACUCUAAAAACACUUGAAGAGGAGUAGGAUAUGGUUUCUGACAGGGUAAUUUUGUGUUUUCUUACCAUCCAAAGCACAUUCAUGCACUGGAAAAACACGAGUGAAACGUCCAGACAGAUUAAAGUAUCAAUGAUCUGAAAACUUGACUCAAAAAUGGAGUUUGGUGCCCUCUACUGAGCAAAAUACUUGUAUUUCAGCAUUAAUCUCUAGUCUGAAAUAAAUUUUCUGUUACAGUUAGCCUGUAAAUGAUGCAAAAAUGUAACACAACAUGUAAGUCAGACUGAAGUCAUCAGAGGCGCUCGAAAAUGUCAGAAAUUUAUCUUAAAAUAUUAAACCUCAUUUUUAUCCAGGGCCAACACUCACAUCUGCAGGUGGUUCAAUAGGCAAAUACAGUGGCCAUGAAGGUCAAUGGCACAAAUAUUUCAGGAAAGUGAUUAAAAGUAAUCAUAAAAAUACACAAAGAUAUUUCAUGAAAUAGACAAUAUAUUGAAUUAAUAUCCUAAAAAUAUUUUAUUAAAUGCACAAUGUAUUAAAUAACCCCCCAAAACUUUUACAAAUAGCAAAAAUAUAUCAUAAAAGUGUCAAAAAAUGGUAUAAAUUACCCCCCAAAAAAAAUAUUAAAACACACCAGAAACAUAAAAAAAAACAUGUCUCAUAAAACCCCCAAAACUUUUACAAAUCACAAAAAUAUAUCAUAAGAUUGUGUCAAAAAAAUGGCUUAAAUCAUUUAAAAAAAUCAUAAAACACACCAGACUUAUUAAAAAACAUCUCAUUACCCCCCAAAACUUUUACGAAUUGCAAAAAUAUAUCAUUUAAUUGUCAAAAAAAAAUGGCAUAAAUCACCAAAAAAAAUCAUAAAACACAACAGAAAUAUAAAAAAAACAGGUCUCAUAAACCCACCAAAACUUUUACAAAUCGCAAAAAUAUAUCAUUAAAUUGUCAAAAAAUGGCAUAAACCCCAAAAAAUCCUAAAACACACCAGAAUUAUUAAAAACAUGUCUCAUAAAGCUCCCAAAUUUUACAAAUCUUAAAUAAGUCAUAAAACUGAAAAAUUCCAAAAUUGUUUUAAAGAACCCACAUUUUUCUUUACAAAAUUCUUAAAAAAUUCACAACCCCCCCAAAACACUUUACACAACAUAAUUUUAUUUCAUAACCCCCUGCAAAUUUCAAGACUUUUCGCAUUUCAAAAACUUUUUCAUGUCGUUUGUUUGUGUAUUUCUAUAUAUCUUAUAUUCAUGUGAAAUAAUUUCAUGUUUUUGAAAAUGUUUUUGUGUUUAACGGUACUUUUUUGUUGCCCUCCUAAAAUAUUAGCUUCCAUUUCCCUUAAGGGCCACCGCAGACUAAACCUCUAGUAUAUCUAAUCCAUUGUUAAAAAAUGAAAGUAAGUCCAAAUGCAAACACAUCUAGAUCAUAUUUAUGCUACCAUCAGUCAAGCUCCUCCUCUCCAGGGUGGCGGCUCCUCUAAUUAACGCUGAUUGGUUCCUGUUGAAUGCUAUUCUCACUUAAAAUGCUCGUUCGCACCUUUUUUGCUUGUAUCUAUAAAUUUCAGUGUGAUUCACCACAGAGAGGAGAAGUGCUGUUCCUCCUCAUGCAGGUUAGAUGAUAACAGCUCACAUGCUCAUGCAAACAAAUGGUCGCUCACACUCAGGUGACUUCUACAGAGGUUGUCCUGGCGCUCACGCUGCCUUCUGUCAGCUGAUUGUAACAUUCCUGCGUGUGUGCAUGAAUUUUUUCACACUGCGCUGAUAGAACAGUGACAUUGAGUGAGGAGGUUUGUUUUUUCAAUUACUCAGCUUUUUUAGACGUUUAUUUCUAUUUCAGGCCCCAUUGCUGCCGCAGGUGAUGAAAAAAGACUGAAAAUGUACAGCCGGUGAAGGAGAACAACAUCUGUGCUGUUGUUGGGAUUCAGUCACAGCUUUUUGGCACAAACUGCACAAACGAAGUUUAAAUCAGUCUGAGCUGGAGCGUCAGCCAAAAUUCAUGUCCUGUAAUGUUUGCAAAUAGCCUUAUAAAAUAAAAACAUGAAAGUCUGUGAUAAUGUGGACAAAUUUAACAUGAAACAACAUAUAUACAAGGGGUAAAAACUGCAAGUGGACAUCAUUAAGGGUUAGUUAGCUGUUUGUACAUAAUAGACAUUAACUAACUGGAAUUUGGCAGGACAUUUGCCCAGAUUUUCUCCUCUGUAGCAUUGAUUUUUGACUGGUAUUUUUUUAAAUGGUAGCCGUUGAGGGAUCCAAAGAAAUCAAUACAAUUUUUGUUAUUUCCUUUGUUUAUUAAAGAGGCCUAACAGCAUGAGAGAGCAUGAGACCAUUCUUUUAAUCUGAGACAUCACUUGAGACAUCACUUUGUCCACAGGGGGCGCCAAAAUCAACAAAGGUUCCUCACACUAAAAUGGAGAUUUGUGCUGUCAUGCACAGUGAAAUACAAAGUUCUAGUUAAAGUAUCUUUGGGUCAUUUUGGGUAAAAAAAUGUGGAAGUCUUUAUCUUGUUCUAAUGUUUGUUUUUUGCCCCGUCCUGAAGCACUGUUAGCUGCCUUGUUUGGAAAGAAAGACCCUGUAGAGUCUGUUUCAAAUCCUGACCACAAGCAAUUAAGACUGGCACCCGAAUCUGUAAGCAAUGACAUGCCUCUGUUCCUCAUGGUUUGUUGAUCGAGUGGUAGAGUCCCUCCAUCUGGAACCAGUCAGGAGAGCAGCACAGAGGAGAAAUGGAAAUUUGAUUAUUUUCAUGAUGGAGGUGAUAAAGGACUCGUGGCUCCAAACCAAAGCAGGGUUGGCGAAUAGUUUCAGAGGGACCAGCGUGGUCUCAGCGGGGCUGGAGAGUCUCAGUCAUCGAGGGAGGGCUGAGGAGGUGUUCGAAGACUUUUAAGUGGACUUUUUCCAAAGUCGAGUUUAUAACGGAGUGGAAUCGUUGUUAAAAUAACCAGCGCAGAUGUUUGUGAAAAGAAUCCUGUUUGGUGUUUGUUGUUCAGACCGCAGUGAGUUUAAGGAAGAUAAGUCCGGUACAUAGUUAUUGUCUGGCAAUCAAAACCCACAUAAACAAGAGGAUUUAGUUCCUCCUGACAUCCUGUAACAAUCACACUGAGCAGGGAAACAAUGCAGCUUCACAUCAUAGGCAAAUGACACACCAAUUUAUGUACACAGAAGGUGGAACCUUGAAGGGAGCCGCAUCCAAGGCAACGGUGUGUCAUGUAGGAAUAACAGACUGUUGCUAAGGGGUUUCGACCAAUCAGAAGUGCCAUGUAAUAAGAUUAACUGAGAUGACUAUAGAAGAAUAAUGUCCAUUAAACUGAGGUUUUCUUUUAUUGCAACCAAAUAAAAAGUUAAGCUGUAGACUGAGUUCAUGUUCAGAACCUUGUUAGCUGUUUCUGUUGUCUGUAUUGUCUUUAUUAUUUUGACACCCCCGACCCCACCCUCCAUUCAGCUCCUGCAGUAUAAAAGCAUAAAUUUCACCCCUCUGAUAGCACCUCAGACUCAAACUCCGCCUCUGUCUGAAAUUUUGGCCCUACUCUCGAAGAAUCAGACAUUACAUGGAAAUCUCUCCCUGCAGGGCUUUUACUUCAAAUACCUCGAUAAAUCAAACCCUAUCAUCACAUCAUGUUUUCUGAUCAAUACGAUGUAAUGGGAAGCCGAUGUUUGACCCCGAGCAGAUUUGAGGGAAGACUCUAUUUGUUGUGUUGAAGCUUUGGCGUACAGAAUAAUCAGAGCAAAUCAAACACACAGACACCAUAAUUUAAGACUUUUCAUAAUUUCACUCUCUUGGCUGGACGUGGUUACUUCAAUUACUUUCCCAUUACUCUGUCUGGAAAGCAAAAAAUGACUGAUGAGGUGGGCUUACUCUAAUCAGAGCGUCUCUGCUUGAAGUCACUUGGAGCCACAGCCGAAUAAAGACCAACAAAAGGCACUGAGGACUCAUGCACCAGUGGAAAACCCUGCGCCUCUGGUUUCAAACCUUCGACUUUCAGCAUCCUUGAGAUAGCAACACCUUCGCGCCAAACCAUUGUAAUGUCUGAUAACGUGAAGAGAUCCAAACCUAAGGUCAAUCCCACCCUGAAAGGUCUCAAAGCUAAAGACUAGGAACUUUAACGAGUGGGGAACUACCUGUCUUAGAGAACUGGACACCUAAGUACAGGCCUAAAGGUUAAACUUGUCCCUGACCUUUCCCCUCCUGUGUCUCGGACAUGAAUCCAACUCUCUGAAUUCGCUCCGCUUGUCCUGUAAAUUAGACAGGAUGUGUUUUUGUCAAGUAGAAACCUCAAACUCUGACGUAACCUCAGAGUUUUUGAAGCAACAUGUGUUUCCGAGCUCCGUCCUGUCCUCACUUAUCGUUUUACCGAGGUCAGCUCCUCUCCUCGCCAACCAUGUGUUCCUCUUUUGUCAGCGGUAGAAAAUGUUGCAUUAUGGGAGUGUGAGCGGUGUUUUGACUGUAGCAAUGAGCGCUUUAUCGGCCCCAUGUGUGAAAUCAUGUUCAAUUUGGGAGAUCAAUACGUGAGGAUCAGUUCUUUAGCUGCUUUCAGAUUCGAAAAAGAUGCUUGACAAAUUUGCUCCAGCACUGGGCUCAGGGAAACGUACGAAGAGCGAAGAAGCUGCUUUCAAUCAGGGUUAAAAUGUGAUUUUCUCUUUUUUAACACAAAAUCAGAGCUCAGCUUCAGAUUUCCAAUAAUCGAAUUGUUGUAAAUUCACAACAAUAUGAAGUUGUUGGUGUUUGCACCUUUGGAGAAGCAUUACAAGCAAAUGUUUCAGAUCACUCAUGCUCCCUGACAUGAUGCUGAGAAACAGUUUUAUGUUUUUCUGUUCUCUUACAUUAUUUUCUAUGCUCCUGUCUGUCUCCGCAUUCCUCCAGAAACAAGGUGUGUCUCAGCAUAACUCUAUCAUUUCCAAAAUAUGUCCACCGUUUGGAUGGCAGCUCGGUGUUACAAACCCCAGGCCUCUGUGAAAGGUCGCAGCCUGACAUUCAUCCAACCUGACAUUCAUAUUUCUCACAGGAGCCCAGCAGGACUGCAGCUCACACCUGGCUGGAUCCUGUGCAUGGCCACUGUCCCACUCAUGCCCUGGAAAAGACCCAGAGGGGCAGUGUAAGGUAGAGGAGAGCCAGGGCGAAGGGAGCAGAGACCUUCAGUUUGGGAGCGGAAAAUACCUGAAAGUAAGAUCAUUUAUCAUUUCGAAUGGUGGAAAUGUCUGUGUUUUAUCCCCAUAACAGAGGACCAAAGAAAACUGUGGCUCCUUUAUACCUUUAACAUCCAUGUCCUGUCUGCAGAAAGACAGAAUAACGCUCUCAUUUGAACAUAUCAGUGCUGCUGCAGCUCCUAAAUGGUUACUAUCUUCAUUGUGGGUCAGAUACUUGAUUACAUAUGGGCAGAACUGGCAAAUGUUCCUCUAGAGGGCUCGCCAAGUUUGUUUUAGUGCUUUUCCGCCUCUACAUCCAUCUGCAGGCUCUCACCUUAGACAAUGUUUAGGAAGCCAAUCAGUGCAGUUCCUGGUAAGAAACGUUCCUGGUAACGUUUCUUACCAGGAAGUUAGAAACCCAGAGGCUCCAGAUCCUCCUCAGAUCCUGAAUCAUGUUUUAAAAUGUCCACAAUCCCCUUUUGACUCAUAAAAAGUUGAAAAAAAAACCCUGAACUUUGCAGAAAUAUGAGCACCAUGUUCUCAUUAGGGGCUAAUGCUCUGUUUAUUAUGCAGCUGGCAUUCUUUGUGCAUACUUGCACUCCCAUUUGUACCUGAAAGUUUCUGAUUGUUUCAGACUCGUGUGCUAAAAAUAUUCCACAGCCUCAAACUGCUUUGCUUGCUUUUAUAGAUAAUUGCCUUGAAAAUAUGUAAGCAUGUCUUAUUAGCAUUAAUAUAUCUCUCUGACAGCCCGGGCAAACAAAUAGCAGAGCACGGUGAAAACAUAUAUCCAACCAUCAGCGCUUAUUUUCACACUGUGUUCCUGGCAGAACUUAGCAGAUCCCUUUAGCUCAGACUUGUUUAAAGGAUUAAGGACUAUGUUUAAAUGUGACCGCGUCCCCUGAGGCGCCUCUUUAUUAUGAUAUAUAUGUUUCAGCAGCGUGAGCGCCGUGUAAUUCACUUCAAGGAUAUGAGACUCAAAGGCUUUGACACAGUAUGUUUGAAUAAACGAAGGGGAGGAAGACAAGAGGGAAACUCAAGCAGUGGAGUGUUUUUGUUUGUCUUAUGGUCUGACCACAGCGGGUUUCAGAAGACCCUGUGUGCUGGCUUUUCAGAUCCUUUCUAGACUCAGCUGAAGGGUACACUCUGCUGGUCAUAGAAUGAAAUGAAGGACCAUAUGUAAUUUAAAAAAAAUAUAUAUCAGUGGAUGAUAGGUUUACUACUUUUUAUUAUAGAUUCAUCUUUAUAGCAUCUUUAUUGCUCUAGGGGGAGCUCUAAAACAACAACCACUAGAUGCAGAGCUGUAAACAUAUGGAACUGGACGCCAACUGUCAGCAUCUACAGGUCAACCGAAGAAAAGUUAGGCUGCUAAAUCAAUAUUACUGAAAAAGUAAUGCCUGCACUUCUUUUCCUCCUCUCUGCAGAGAAUGGCGGCUCCACCACUCCGCUCUCUCUGUCUACUCAUCACAGUUAACCACCUGUGUUUAUUCCACCUGGUCCAUGGCGGGGCAUACUAUCCACACAAACAGCCGCCACCUCAGCACCAACCCCUGCCUCAGUACAAUGACGGGUACCCUCCUCAGCAACAGUUCAUGGGGAACGAGAUGCCACACUUGCCUUUUGGCAAAGAGGGGGUGCCACAGUAUGGAAAAGAGCUUCCUCAGCUGCCUCUGCACAUGGGCAAAGAGAGGCCGCUGACUGAAGGCAAAGGUGAGCUCAGCCAGUCAGCUGUUGUUUGUUGCUCUUAGAUGAAAAGACAACCAUGAUGUUUGACUGGAGGAUUUUAAUUACCAGCUAAAGUACAAAAUUCAUUUCCCAACUUUACCACAAGAAAUGAGUUUUUUUGGACGAAAUACUAACAAACUCCUCCCUCCUCAAUAUGUAGCCUUGCCUUAAAGAUUGCAUUACUAAAGAAGGUGCCAGAAACAUCUAGUUUAAAACCCACUAAGUGGGAGCUUUCAAGCACAAAUUUUGAACCUGAAUUGGAAACCAAUGUCACCAUUGUAACCAGUUUUAGACAAGCACACUGUCUUGUUUAAUAUUUCCUCAAUCAUUGAGUCAAGUGUUCCCUUCAUUCACAGGACAGACAUUCCCCAGAGGAGCUAAAGGUCCACUUCCUCCUGGUCCUGGUGACAAGGGUCUCAGAGAAGGACCACAAGGAAUUCAAGGCCCCCCAGGACCAACAGGACCAACAGGGCCACAAGGCCCCACUGGGCAACCAGGUCAGGGAUUACCAGGGCUCCCAGGAAAGCCAGGGCCCCCUGGUCCUCAAGGCUACCCAGGAAUCGGGAAACCUGGCAUGCCAGGAUUGCCUGGAAAACCGGGGGCACCUGGGUUACCAGGUACCAGAGGUGAUCUUGGCCCUGCUGGAGGUGAAGGGCCAACUGGGCUUCCUGGGCCUGCUGGGCUCCCAGGUCCACCAGGACUACCUGGAAUUUCAAAACCUGGAGGUCAAGGGCUGCCUGGACAGCCAGGUCAUUUUGGGGAGCCUGGCCAAAAAGGUCUGCCUGGGCCUCCUGGUCCACCAGGACCCAAGGGAGAUAGAGGACUGGGUCUGCCUGGUUUGCCAGGUUUGAAAGGACCCAAUGGACCACCAGGACCUCCUGGAAAUGCUGGACUCCCUGGGAUGGAAAAAGCCGGCAUGAAUGGUCUUCCUGGACAGCCAGGAAUACCAGGAAAGCCUGGUCCCUCAGGAGAACCUGGAAUAGUUGGGCCACCUGGUGAAAGAGGCCCACCAGGCCCACCAGGCCUACCAGGAAUUGGGAAACCAGGAAAAGAUGGUUUGAGAGGACAACAUGGUCUGUCUGGGGGAAAGGGAGAAACAGGUCCCCCUGGUUUACCAGGAGGUCCAGGCUUGCCUGGCUAUGGUAAACCCGGAUUUCCAGGACCUAAGGGUCACAAAGGUCAUGCAGGUCUCCCUGGACCUCCAGGAUUAAAAGGUGAUAAAGGUCAUGGAGGUCUUCCAGGAGUUAUUGGCCCCUCUGGACCUAGUGGUAUGCCUGGCCCACCAGGUCCUAUAGGGCCUCCAGGUAGUAUUGGCUUUCCUGGGCAAAAAGGGGAAGAUGGUCUUGCAGGAUCAAAGGGAUAUCCAGGAAAGAAAGGGGACUUUGGUCCUCCAGGUCUUCCAGGACAACCAGGUAUGUCAGGAGAGGUUGGACAACCAGGACAAAGAGGUUUUCAAGGACCCAUUGGCCCUAAAGGAGAACCUGGCAUGAGGGGUUUGCCAGGUGCCCAUGGUGGUGCAGGAUUACCAGGGCCAAGAGGAGAGGGGGGACAACCUGGCGAGAAAGGCCACCAAGGACCACAGGGUAUUCCAGGGCUUACAGGUCCAGGGGGACCACUUGGACCUCCUGGACUACCUGGGCCAAAAGGUGAAACAGGCUUACCCGGUAAAUCCGGAUAUCCUGGUGAAGGAAAGCCAGGACCUCCUGGUCACAUUGGUCCUCAAGGUAACCCUGGUCCUACUGGCCCUGCUGGACUUCCAGGGCAACCAGGACUACCUGGACCUCCUGGUCCACCAGGACCUCCUGCUACUCCUGAUCUGGAACAGAUCCUCCCUGUGUCCGGCCCAAUCAAUGGGCAAAAACAAGGCUGGAGGAAAAAUGGAGGAGAGAUCAGUGGAAAUGCCUUGGAGAUGCCUUCUUUCACAGCCAUGCUCACAAAUCCAUUCCCUCCUGUUGGCCCGCCUGUCAUCUUUGACAAACUCCUACAUAACGGCAACCAGGACUACAAUCCCCAGACUGGUAUUUUCACUUGCAGUAUUCCAGGGGUCUACUAUUUUGCUUAUCAUGUCCACUGUAAAGGGGGCAACGUUUGGGUGGCACUGAUGAAGAACAAUGAGCCAGUGAUGUAUACAUACGAUGAGGUCAAGAAGGGCUUGCUGGAUCAGGCAUCAGGAAGUGCUGUACUUCCGCUGAGACAAGGAGACUCUGUGCAUAUACAACUGCCAUCUGACCAGGCUGCAGGACUCUAUGCCGGUCAAUAUGUUCACUCCACAUUCUCUGGAUACUUGCUGUACCCCAUGUAAGGAAUGUGUAUCAUAAAGGGUUACAGAACUGAGAACUUGAUCAUAAACUUAACAGCAUUGAGGACCGUAUCAACAUCAGCUGUUGACAAGGUACAGCGGGAGUCAGAUCUAAGGUUUUACAAUGAGCGAAGGCAGAAAAACAAGAUAGUUGCAGCAUAUUUCAUUUAAUUAUCUUUAUUACUGGCAUUACAUCUCAUAUUAACAAACAUCAGUGGAGUCUCAAUAAUGUUCAUAGGACCAGAUUAAGUACAGUGUAUAAAAUUGUGUUAAGUACUUGGUCAUCAAGCUUUUUUGCGAAGGUUUUGGCUGCCAGAAUUUGUGUAUGCUCACGUUGGACAUUUAUUCUUAUAUUCACACACCGUUGAUCAAGAUAAAAUGGCUGGAAAAUCUCUGGAAAUUAAGUUCUUUUUAAUUGAAGAACUGUAGUCACUUUUUACUAUUUCCUUACUUAACAGUUAUUUACUGUUUAUGAGGCACAUGAGAACAUAUCUAUGUCAGUUUAAAUUCACUCAAACCUUCUAGUCCAUACUUUGGGGUCCACAACUUCCAGUAAGUUAUUUUAGGUCUUUUUGUGUAUAUUUAAAGUUUAACUUUUUUAAUGAGGGUGACCCGUAAGGUAAUUUGGGUCUCUGCAGUUGUCAGUGCUUGACAGUUUACCUUCAAUUUGGCAGUCAAACUAUCAUUUUAUUCUUGUCUUUUGACCAAAUUUUUUUAAUUUUUUCAGCUUUUUUAACUUAUUUUUUUGACUACUGAUUUCUUCAGAUUGUUUUUAUUUCUGUGUUUUGAAUUCAUUCCGAAAAGCCGGAUAUCACGACCCCAGUCUGAUGCAAGACAAGAUGAUGAAAAUUCCAAGGUAUGAUCAUGCUUCUUCUCAAUAUACAACCAAAUGUCAUUUCCCCUUUUUGUUUAUUGUUUUUUAAAACUGUGGAUGUGCAAUUUUUACUCUUGUUUUCUCUUUAAGUUGGACAAAGGUG